AUUAUUAAGCAGGCCUGUCCUGGGCGCCGGGGUCUGAGGUUUGCAUUGCCGUAGGCUGUGUUCUAACGCAUCCCUGACAUCCUCUGCGGCACAGGCCAGCAAAAAGCUGCUCCUUACGGUCUGUCCACAAAGUCACAACUUUUUGGAGCUGAGUACUGAAGAACCAAAGCUUCUGGACCCCAAGAGAUGUUUUAAACUGCAUGCUGGGUUUGGAGAUUUGGUGUCUCGGGAGCUGCCUAGGAAGAUAAACAACUCCAUCCUAUCAUUUUUGAUGGCUCGUUCUAUAACUUCUCUUGGCUGCGCAUCUCUCACAUUCUCUCUUUUCCAGACCCCAUCUUAUGUACUAUUUGGAUCUCUUCACCUUCUGCCUUGCUGCUCCUCUCUUUUUCGCCUGCUUUCUGCAUGCUCUACUACCUCUUUCCAUCUUUCCUCCUCCCCAUCCAACCCCACCCUGCCUUUCUUCUGGCACCAGCCCCAUCUCUGCUCAGCCUUUUCUCAGUCCAUCUCUUUCUGUUCUCUUCUCUCUUGAUUGGUCCACCUGUGAUCUCCAGGACUAGGAAGUCCUUAUGAACUGAGCCAGCUGAACAGGGAGGUCAUUAAAGGGGACCUGGAGAAAGAAAGAUGCCCAUCCAGAUAUUCUGCACAAUCUCCUUCUCUGCAAACAAAGAACAGCACACUGUUGUCAAGUGUGCAACUGGGUCUAAUGGUGAGAAAUUCCACUCUAACCAGCAAGAACCAGAAGUCCUGGAGGAGGAUUAUGAAGAAGAAGAGCUGGAGGAGGGAGAGGAAGAAGAUGCCCCAGACCUGGUGGCCUUUGUCAACAGUUGCACCUUGCAUGGGGCCAACCAUAUCUUCAUAGGAGAGGGCUUUGGGGUGCGCCAGACCCUCUGGGCAGGUGCAUUCCUGAUCUCGCUGUCCAUCUUCCUCUCCCAGGUAGCUGGGCGCAUAUUCUUCUACUUUGAAUAUCACCACAUAACACAACUAGAUGAGAUAGAGAGUUCGCAAAUGGUUUUUCCAGCGGUUACCUUCUGCAACAUCAACCGCAUCCGAGUGUCUCAACUGACCUAUGAUGAUUUGGUGUAUAUUUCACCCCUUGUGGGGUAUGAUGUGGGGGACUACUUGGAAGCAGGAUUCCCCUUAGCCCAGCCCAGCCUUGAGGUCCCUGAGGAGCCUCUCAACCUGUAUAACUUUUAUGACCGCAACAGCCACCAGCUGGAGGACAUGAUGCUGACCUGUAAAUACCGUGGGGAGGCCUGUAGGCCUGAUGACUUUACUGUGGUGUUCACACGCUAUGGAAAGUGCUACACAUUCAACUCAGGUCAGCCUGACAAGCCACCACUCAUCACCAUGAAAGGAGGAACUGGGAAUGGCUUGGAGAUCAUGCUGGAUAUUCAGCAGGAUGAGUAUCUUCCGGUCUGGGGAGAAACAGAUGAGACCUCAUUUGAAGCUGGGAUUAAAGUGCAGAUCCACAGCCAGGAUGAGCCACCCUUCAUUGACCAGCUGGGAUUUGGAGUGGCACCUGGUUUCCAGACGUUUGUGUCCUGCCAGGAGCAACGGCUCCUCUACCUUCCUCCUCCCUGGGGCCAAUGCAAGUCAGUGACAAUGGAAUCGGAUUUCUAUGAUACCUACAGCAUUACAGCUUGUCGCAUCGACUGUGAAACUCGAUACUUGGUAGAGAACUGCAACUGUCGCAUGGUGCACAUGCCUGGUGACGCUCCCUAUUGCACCCCUGAACAGUACAAGGAGUGUGCGGAUCCAGCCCUUGACUUUUUGGUGGAGAGGGACAGUGAAUACUGCGUAUGUGAGAUGCCUUGCAACGUCACCCGCUAUGGCAAGGAGCUCUCCAUGGUCAAGAUCCCCAGCAAGGCAUCCGCCAAAUAUCUGGCCAAGAAAUAUAACAAGAGUGAACAAUACAUUGGGGAGAACAUCCUGGUGUUGGACAUUUUCUUUGAAGCUCUGAACUAUGAGACCAUUGAGCAGAAGAAAGCGUACGAAGUGGCUGGACUUCUGGGUGACAUUGGGGGACAGAUGGGGCUGUUCAUUGGAGCCAGUAUAUUAACUGUGCUUGAGCUAUUUGACUAUGCUUAUGAGGUGAUAAAGUUCCGCCUCUGUCGCCGCGGCAAGUGCCAGAAAAAACACAAUGGAAACAACAGUGACAAAGGUGUAACCCUGAGCCUGGAUGACGUGAAGCGCCAUAAUCCAUGCGAGAACAUCAGAGGCCACCCAGCAGGCAUGACGUACGCAGCCAACAUCCUACCUCACCACCCGGCCCGGGGGACCUUCGAGGACUUUACCUGCUAAUUGACAACUGGAUGUACAACUAACACUACCAAAGGGAAGGGCCCAUGCUGAGCAGCCCUGGCCCAGCCCAGCCCACGAACCUGCCAACUGACUUACCAGGGCUCCUAUCUCAGACUCCCAGGAGAGGCAGCUGAAUCCAGCCCCUCCUCAACCCCCACCACCCCAGGCCGAGACAGUGAUACGCACAUGGACAGAAAUGGCAGUCUGGGCUGCCAGGCCCACUCCAGGCUUCUGCUCCUGUCCCACUGAUGCCCUUGGACUCACAACUCAACAGAAAAGCUGCCAGGAGAACCGUCUCAAAUGUCAAGUGGGCGUGAGGGCAUUGCCUUCUUCAAUCUCCACACACACACAGAAAUCUUGACUGUCAAUUUGUCCCUCCUUCUGUCUCCAUCCUGCUCCAUGCCCAUAGCAAGCCUUGUGUGGGGAUGGCCAUUGUGUGCAAAGGCCUCUCUCUUUUAAUCUUGAUGCCAAGAAGUACCUACAGGAGGACUAGCCAGGAUGCUCACCAUGUUGUUCCAUUGUAUGGAAUUGACUCAACCUGUCCAAAGGAGGUGCUGCAUAUUCCCUUGCCCUCUCCGUCCCUUUGCCCCAUCCACCCACCGUCUGGCGACCCCUUCCUGUCUUCUGUGGGAGGCCAUGCUAAGGUUUCCCCUGUAGCAAGAAUGUGACUGAAUUGUAAGGGUGGUUUAAGUAGGGCAGGUUAUCAUCUGCUUGUCUCAUCCAACUAGCAGUUUCUCAUUUGGUUCAGUCUGGACUCUACUCUGGGUGUGAGUCUUGUCUGUCUCAUCCACACCAUCCCUUUAAACAUCCUGUCCCCUAUCAUGAGAAAGGCUGACAAAUGACUGGUGGGUGAGCUGUUCCCAAAUUUAACAUAUCAGCAUUAUAACGCUCUUUGGACUCCCCCACCCCCUACCCGUUGUGCAUGUUCUUAGAAGUUAUGGUCAACAUUAUCAAGUAUUAUGGUUUCUAGAGAAGUCUGCCAUUUUUCUGAAUCCUCAGUGGGACACACCCCCAGAUUUUGUUCAAAGAAGUCUGGCUUCUAGGUUCUGCAUCAACUGAGAAGAGAACAAAGUAGCCUGCUCUACAUUUCAGCUUGCGUUUCCUCUUCACAGUGGCAUGGCAACCUUUAGUUCACUUCUGCAGGCAGAAACAAGACACCUUUAUUCCUCCAGAUGUGCAAAUGCAUAGGGACAUCAUACCAUAUCAGUUUCUGCCAGCUGGCCUCAGUAUAUGGCUCUUAAAAGAACAGUGGGAUCCUAUAGGAAAGUGUCAAGGGCAGUUCUGCUUUAUAGUAAUACAGAAAAUGUGUUAUCCUCUCAUUCAUAUAGGCAGCCAAGAACCUGUCCUUCCCUUCAUCUGAGUUUUUUGAUGACCAUAAACUACCAACUGUCAGGGGGAAAUGACAGAGGGUCUCCAGGCCAAGCUCAAGCCAACAAUGUGAAACAUUCUGCUAUUACGCAUUGCCACCAGACACCAAAAUAAAGAACAGCUCAGGGAAGUGUCUGUCUUGCAAAUUUUUGAAAGACAGGCCUUCUGGUUUCACUCUGAGGAAAUCCAAAAGUCCUGUUUUGCAACACCCAUGUUACAACCUCAAAUUUGCUUUGGAGCCAAUCAUUGCAUUAAAUGUUAAUUCACAACAGAGAGCUUCCUUUGGAAUGGGACUUUCACCAGUCAGGUUGAGGGUUGAGUUAAGGCAAAGUUAAGGCAGAGUGUUCUGAGUUUUGUUUUAUAGCACUUGUUUCCACCCCGGCUUAAGUCUACUAUCCACAGCUCCAGCCUGGGCGAGACAAAGAAGAUGGGUUGAUGGUGAUAGCUAUGAUAACAUCAAGGAAGUGAACUCUCUACAAAAGUGGCUGACUUCACCUACUCACUCUCACUCCUGAAUAAGCAGUAUUUGAAUCACUGAGAUUAUACAGCGGAAGUAUUCUAGCCACACAAUCAGAUCAAAGGAGUAACCCCACCUCCUUCAUGGGAGAAGGUUUGCUCAGAUUUCUUUUAAUUAAAUGAACAUGACUUGAUCUUGCUGUGUUCUGAGAGGUGAUAGAUAUGUUGUGUCCCUCAGGAUAUGACAUAUGUCUACAGCUGGGUAAGGAUGGGGAUCAAGGGGAGCUUUAGUGGCCAGGACCAGAUCCACUUCAGACCAACUUUCAUGGUUGUUAGUAACAGAGAAUGAUGUAACAGAGAAUUAAAACCUCACAACCUCUAAGGAUGCUUGCCACAGAUGCAGGCGCAACAUCAGGAGAGAAUGCUUCUAGAACAUGGCCAUACAGCCCGAAAAACCUACAACAACAUAGAGAAUUAUGUGCUGUCUUGUUACUAUUUUGAUAGCUCAGAUGGAGUUGGUUCACGCUCUCAGCAGAUUAAAUCAGUAGAUUGACUCAAAUUAUAAUGUGGUCCAUCUGAGGGAAUGAAAGAAUUAUAGUUGAGUCUGGAUGAUCUUGGUGGAUCUGUGGUGGACUAGUUUAUUUUCAGACCUGCCAAAUGGCAGAGGAUGUGGGCCAAGUGCUCUUUCUAUGCCUUAGGAGUCUAUGAGUAUUGGGAGGAAAAAGCAAGCUAUACGCAUCCCCCAAGAAUCAAUUAAGGGCUGAAGAAGAAGUCCCAAGGGGUGUCCUUCACCCCAGGCCUUGAAACGGUCCCUUAGACCCAUCAGCCUGAUGAGUUUUUAAUGCCCAUGGGCAAGUUGCCAGAUGGGUCUUCCCUAAAGCCAACUAUUUGAAGAGAUUGGGUUCCCUUCCAGCCUGGGCCAUCGAGCAUCUAGUGCCUGCCCCAUUCUCUGUCCCAGUUCAGCCUCUUCUCCCAACAUUAUGUUCGACAUGCUGCAUGCGCAGCAUCCAAGGCCAAAGUUCUCCUUAUCUUUAAGAGCUUUUUAAAUAAAAUCUUGCCAUUUUAAAGAGCUUUAUUUUAUUUUGAUCCUUAUUGGUCUGGAUUUUUUUUCUAUAGUUUGUGUUUAACCUCCUGAAUAUAACCAGGCCCUAAUUUCCCAAAGAUGUUGCAGUUCUGCCAUGGCCAGAAUUUUUUGCCAAGGACCUUUCUAGGAGGUUCUUGACUUUGAAGGUCCCCGUCCCCUCAUUUUUCUUUCAUUUCUUUCUAUUGUCUUUAUUUUUCUGCUUGAAAGCUUUUGAAGAUAGGGCUCAAACUUGACCUUUCCCCCAUUUGUUUGUCCAUUUUUACUAUUUCAUGCUCAUUUUGUAUUUCUUAUAUAUAAAAUAUAUGAUAUAUAUUAUUAUAUAUAUGUACAUAUAUAUAUAGAUAUAUACAUACCCACAUCUCUAUAUGCACCAUGCCAAUGUAUAUAACCAUCUAGUAGACUCAAAAGCCUUGAUAUUGUGCCAUUAUAAUUUUUUUUCCAACUACCAAUCUCUGAAUGCCUUCAAGUGUAUAAAGUGUUGAAUUCUCUCUGGUAUCUGUACUAUGUACACAUUUUCAUAGGAAGCACAAGAAGAUGACAAAUGCAUUGUAUAUCAAAACUUGCUCCUCUUAACAAUGAUAUAAAGGAUGAUCUCAACCAUGGAGA